GUAAGUAUAGUACUCUUGAGCGCAGAUUGGAGCGCUUGUUUCGAGCAGACUUGCCUUUCGUGCGCGAAGCCUGCUCGAUCACAAUGAUACGCACGAGUCGUUCGCACCGGCGGUAGCCGCGACAGGCAGCCCGCCCACUGAGGGAGGAGCAGGGGCUGCCCCCAUGCCCAGGAUGGCCCGGUCGCAGUCGCUGCCCCUUGCCCGCGCGCGCGUCGACGACGGCCGCCUCGUCCGGUCCGCGUCGCCGCGGCGGCGAUUAGAUGAAGACGAUCCUGGUCGCGAGGACGACGCCGCGACCGCGUCGAGGCUGGGGCGGGUCCUCGCGCUCGUCGUCCUGACAUCCUCGCCAAUCUUCCUCUUCCUGCUCUGCGCGGCGGCGCCGGCCUCGAGCUUCCUGGCGCACGUGGCGGGGACGGUCGCGUGGGCGCUGGUUAUAGGAAGGGCCGAGGCCGGGGCCUUCGCCGGCAUUUUUUGGUUGGUGGAGGCGCUCGGCGGCGCGUUGGGGAUCGCGGGCGUCUUAACGCUGCCGUUCCUGGUGGACCCGCCGCUGACAGUUCUUUUCGGGGUGCUCGCUUCGAUGCACGUCGCGCUCCUCGACUACUCGCGGCGGCAGCUCGAGCGCCUCUUCGACCGGCGGCGCGUCGCGAGCGAACCCUAAGCAACAUGUUUU